AUGUUGACAAUCCCCAAUGUUACUUGGUUGGACCUACUAUGUCUUACUGGUGUCGGAAUCUAUCUGGUAAAGCAGGUGAACGUCAAGAAGAAUCCUGCACCAUAUCCACCUGGUCCCCGGGGAUGGCCUCUCAUUGACAAUAUUUUAGAUAUGCCUCGCAUCAAGCCCUGGCUCACAUUUACUGAGUGGGGUCAGAAGUAUGGUGAAUGCCUUCCUUUUUUCCAAAAUCAUGCAUUUUCGAAAGUCUCAUCUAUAGGUGAUAUCACGCAUAUCGAGGUUCUGGGUCGGCACAUGUUUGUGUUAAACUCUUCCAAGACUGCAUUGGAGAUGAUGGACAGUAAAAGCACUUUGUAUUCUGACCGUCCUGUUGUUCCCAUGGCUGGCGAACUUGUUGGCUGGAAGGACUCCAUGGCUUUCCUUCCUUAUGGUGAUAGUUUUCGCCAGCAACGCAAGAACUUACAUCGCGUUAUCGGUAGUCGUGCCGCAGUGAACGAACAUGUCCGACACACUGCUGGCGCGAUUAUUUUGCGCAUCUCUCAUGGUUACGAAGUGAAAGAGAAUAAUGAUCCCUUCGUUGACCUUGCAAACUGCGUUCUAGCCAAUGUAUCGCAGGCCACGGCUCCCGGUGCCUUUAUGGUCGAUAUUUUACCAUUCUUGGCAAAGGUCCCUGCGUGGUUCCCCGGUGCUAGCUUCAAGCGCAUAUCACGUAAAUGGCGUGAAACCCUCGAAGAGAUGGUGUCUGCACCCCACAAGUCCGUGAAGGAUCAGAUGGCUGAUGGCGCCGCCUCCAUGUCUUUCACCUCGAAUCUCCUAGAAGGCCGUGAUAUGUCUGCGGAAGAGGACCACGCUGUGAAAUGGUCUGCUUUUUCCCUAUACAGCGGUGGUUCUGACACGACUGUUUCUGCAAUAUAUUCGCUUUUUCUAGCUAUGACACUUUUUCCUGAUGUGCAGAAGAAAGCUCAGGCUGAAAUCGAUGCGGUUGUCGGUCCUGACCGUCUUCCCACCUUCACCGACCGAGACUCCCUCCCCUAUACCGAUGCACUUGUCAAAGAAGUCCUCCGCUGGAGCGUUAUCACUCCUACAGGUUUCCUCCACUGUGUGACUGAAGAUGAUAUCCACGACGGGUACUAUAUUCCAAAAGGCUCCUUAGUAAUGCCUAACAUUUGGUUCAUGCUCAACGAUCCACGGACAUAUGCUAACCCCUCGCAAUUCAAUCCUGAACGCUUCUUGGCUAAGGAUGGAAAGGACCCUGAGACAGAGCCUCGCACAAUGUGCUUCGGCUUUGGUAGACGUAUUUGCCCAGGUAUCCACCUUGCUGAAGCUUCCAUUUGGAUAUCCACUGUGAUGUCAUUGGCCGUGUUUGAUAUUUCAAAGGUUGUCGAGAAUGGUAUUGAGAUCACCCCCAAUGUUGAACCCUCACCAGGUACAAUCAGCCACCCCAAACCCUUCAAGUGUUCUAUCAAGCCUCGUUCUGCAACUGCUCUUGGGCUCAUUGAACAAGAGGCUAAUUACUAA